AUGGAACCGACUACUAGUCAGAAUGAUGACGAUCAAUUAGCUAAUAGUAAGAGAACCCUUUCUCGCAUAAAUGGACUUGUCAACGAAAUGACUAUGCAACAAAUCAUUGAUAAAUUAAAACAACUUGACGUUAGUACCAACGGCGAAGAUAAUGUAUUGAAGCAAAGGCUAAAGGGCGUCAUGAGAGAAAAAGUUUACAAAAACAGCAAUAUCAAAUCCAGCAAAUUUAGCACUGAUUAUUAUUGUGUCAUUGAUUUCGAAGCAACUUGCGAGGAAGUUAAUCCACGAAAGUAUAAGCAUGAAAUAAUUGAAUUUCCCGCCUUGAUGGUGAAUGCUCGAACUCUAGCCGUGGAAAGCCAAUUUCAUUUCUAUUGUAGACCUGUCAUGAAUCCAAAGUUAAGCAGCUUUUGUACAAAACUGACUGGAAUUGACCAGAAAACAAUCGACUCUGCAGAUGCCUUUAAAGUUGUCUUCCAAAAUUUUCAAAAAUGGUUGGAAGAUGUCUUAGGAGAAAGUACCUUCGUGGUUGUAACCGACGGCCCCUUUGAUAUAACUCGAUUCUUGACGAUACAAUGUAAAGUUGAUAAAAUUCCUAUGCCUUAUUGGGCUUCAAAUUGGACAAAUUUAAAGCGAACCUUCAAGGCUUUCUAUAAAUUAUCAGGGCAGCGGUUUCCAACUUUGCAAGAUAUGUUAGGAGCAUUAAAAAUCCCGCAUGAUGGACGUUUGCAUAGUGGAAUAGACGACGCAAAAAAUAUUGCCAAAAUAUUAUGCCAGUUAAUACGAGACGGAUGUCAAGUUAAACCAAAUGAAAUCUUAGCUAACUAUAGCUAA